AUGAGGCAGGUAGAUAAUAAAAUCAACGAUGCUUUAAUGGAAAUUAAGCGGGCAUUGGGUAUAAACCAUCAGCAACAACAAGAUGUCCCAGCAAGUUUAGAUCCGACUGUGCCAUUGCAGGAGGCUCAGGGAGGAGGUCCGGAAUUCUUAACCGGCGCAGUGACACAAACAAACCCAUUAUCUCCAGUGACUAGGAGUCUAGUGGCACCUGUGGUCUCGCAAGUAUCAUAUCCUCACGGUAAUAUGGGCGGAAGAGAAGUGACAGCCGUCACGUAUACCCAAACACAGCCAGCUAUAGCUCAGGGGCCUUGGUCAAAUCCACCGCCACCUUUAUUUCCAGCACCAGAUUAUAUGGCUAAUGAUAUACAGCGGAGGAAUCAAACAGAUUUCCCAGAGCCUAAUCUUAACCACACCAGAUAUUUUGAACAACAGCCAAUGAAUCAGACUCCGAUCAAUACCCCGAGGGUUGGUCAACAACAAGCCUACACCCAACAACAACAAGCUUACAACCAACAACAACAAGGUUACAGCCCACAACAACAAGUGUAUAGCUACCAUCAACUACCACGACAACAGCAGCAAAACUUUGGACCAGCUCCUAAUUAUGCUUGA